GGAGUUUUCGACAUUUGUCCAGAAUUAGAAUGAUUACCUGGAACUUCUUGCACAGAAACGACAGGAAAUCUUGGCUUUUCGGUAGUUCUCUCCGGUUUUUGUUAGACAUAAACGGCAAAAGCUCGCGAAAAUGAAGGUGGAUCUCGCUCACGGUCCAUUUUUUCUGACGCAAAUGAUCCGAGACGAAUGAUACUCGCGACAAGCUCCCCCUCUUCUAGUUCCACUCGCUGCCGGCUUCUGUGACCUGCGUGACCAGUGUGAAUCAAGUCGAUGUGGAAGCAAGUAACCAAAUCACGAAGUUACAGGCAUACUGAUCAUCGUGGCAACCUUUGCGUUUUGAUGUCGCGACUUCUCCUCUGUUUUUUGACGUUUCUCUUGGGCAAGGCUCUCAAAAAUAGCGUUGCAUUCAUCGAGAACACAUCUCAAAGCCUCAGGAACAACGUCACUACUGCCACUGGCCAGAAAACAAAAGAGGCUCACUAGUUUGCACCGAUUUCCUCACGUGCAGAAACAUAGGAAACUCCUGAAAACGUGUUCGUAUUCAAGAUCCCAAAGAAAUGGCUUCGACGAUGUGAACGUCUUGUGUCAUUUCCUUGUAAAAUGGUAGGUCUUCAGAGGAAUGCGUGGUGCUCGUCUGUUCCACUCAAGUGCGCAGAUCUUCGAUGCUAAUGCCUCCCAUAAAUCUGAUCGUUGAAGCAAAAUAUUCUCUUCCUUGAAUUCUUCUUGAUUUUAUUGAGCUGAAAGGCAGUGCUAUGGGAACACUAUAGAUCUUGUAUUGAAUUAGGUCGCUCCCCCACCAACAAAACAAAAACGUAAGCUACAAGUCAUUUUCAAUUCAAAAGAAAGCUAAUACUGUCACUGGGUUAUCUCAACCAAGAGCAAGAAUAAAGACGGACAAGUUAGAAAGAUGACUUCUGGCCACCGAACAAAGUGGGUGCUUAUACUUGUCGCGUGGGUGUUCACAUAAUUUUAGUGAACCGCUUAACAGUUUUUUGUGUCAUGAAAGCUACCAGGGCGUCCGGCGCAGCUACACGAUCCUAAUCAAUAUGCCGUCUUUUGCAUAUUACCUAAAUAUCUAAAUUACGGCUCCUCAGCAGCCGCUAAAGUCUGCCACAUCGGAUGGUAGGCCCCAACCUAACCUAACCUAUUACAAUUAGGUUUCAAGUGCCUGUCCUUGGUAAAUGGGGCUAGGCAAGCUUUUGGUGUCUGCUCUCAUGUAGUUCCUUCCUUAGGUCGAUGAGCCUUGGCUUAGUGCAGCCUUGGCUUAGUAUGCGGGCCGUGGGCCUCGUCGUCUUUAGGAGAUCAUGGCAUCUUAGUCUUUAAACCUCCACUGAUUGGAAGACUUCUAGCAAAAUGGGCUGCUCGAAUUCGAAGGCUGCCGAACGGCGCCGUCUGCGUGCUGCUGCAGACGGAACCCCCAACUCUCCAUGCCAUAAGAGUGGAGGCGGAAGUAGCCCGGGAGGUGCAUCACCGACAUCAUUAAAGGGUCUUUUUGGUGGCAAUGGCGAUGUUGGUGCUUAUCUGCAAUGGCUGAUCGACCUGAAUGGCGAUGUUGCUGCUGUUGAUGGCGAGAAGAAGGAGACAAAAUGUAGAGAUGGUAGACCAAUGGUGCAAGUCCCGUGGGACGCGAUGGUUGCGGUGGUGUACUCGCAGCUUGCUUUGUUACUAGAUUUCCGGAGUCGUUAUUUGGGGUGGAUUUUCGCUGAACUUUGUGGUCUGAAAACGAGUAAGAACGACCAGAAGGACGACCUUUCUACCAACGAACUCUUCACCCAAGGAAACAAAAGCUGCGACAGCCUCAUCAACAAAUUGGCAACAUUGCUGGCCCGAAACUGUAUACAACAAGCACAAACCGUGCAAGACCAAGAUCACAACCAUAAGCGUAAUAUUACCAGUGGUACGGAUAAUCAGAACGAUUCCUCAGCAACGUUCGCAGACGAGCAGAAUGGUUCUACCUUAGCCUCUGCGAUCGUGCGCAAUAAAGGUACGAGUAAAUCAAGCCAAGCCGAGACCCUGGAAGAGAGGGGACUAAGUCCGGGCGAUGUGAGUAUAUUCGAUGUGGACGAAACUAUCCACACAACGGGGGCCAAUCUCAGUAAAGGAUCCCGAUUAAGCGUGAGCCCUGAGGAACGCUUUCUUGGACGGCUGUUUACCGCAACUUCUACGGCAUUGAACAGCGCUGCCGAAAACAACAAUUUCAGUGUGGUUGAUUCGCCCUUGUACUAUCACGAUUCGUCGUCUCCGGUAGUGGCUUCAGAAAGCGGUGCUUUGGAACAUGGCAUCAGUCUCAGCUUGUUGCAACAGAUGACGGACAAGCUAGAGGCCGCGCCACGAUGGCAAGGAUUGUGGCAUGAUUGUUGGCGGGAAGUGUGUUUCAAACAGACACCUUCAAGCAUGCAGCGAUUGUUGCUUUUGCAGCAAAGACUCUUGCUUCUCGCACAAGCGGUGGUGAGAUUGAGAGAGAUAUUACGUACAACUAGUUCUACUUCUGCUUCUGAUUCCAACAUUGUGCCAUCGGAUGGACAUGGAGUUGCUGGAAGCAACUACCCCGCAGCUAGUGAGGGCACUAGUGCGCUUGCACGUCGCGUUCUAGGCUUGGACAUCGCGACAGCAUCGAAGGGAACAACAACUGGAGGAGACGUAAGUUCCUAUAAUAGGGUCGUGGAAAAUUCAACAUCUGGAGGAAACGUAAAGCUUCAGGGAAAUAUGGAAGUUGAAAGCACUACUCGAGAAGACCUGUACUGUGGUUGGCGAGUCGUGCGCAUUUUCACCGAAGAAGAAUGGAAGGCUGCUAAGUUAAGGCACGGAUAACAGUCUUGCCUUUCGGAUAAGCGGCUAGACUAUAAUUGAGGUUUCUCGUUGUAGUUUUUGAUAUUCGUCUCGUAUUAAAGUCCGUUCGACGCUUAUAGCCCAAAGAGAAGCAUAAGAAAUCAUCUUUUUAACAAUUGCAGCAACGUGUCUUUUUCAGAUGGAUCCCCCAAUAGAAACCAACUUACUUUACUUCUUUAAAAUAAGCUGCAGCUCGGUGUGCGUUUUUCACUGGGAAAUUGAUAUUCCUCGUGGAGCAUCUUGGAAGGAGGUACAGCGUCACUGCCGGAUCGACAGUGUCCGAAGUGGAAGUUGCUGGUGUACUACAACCUGCCAGCAUAGGAGACGUCAAUGGUCCUCAACCUCAACAGAUCAUGACUGUGACACCCAAGCGCGUGUAUUUACGGUUCUUUUCAUCUCCCACGACUGGGCAGAGUUCUUCAGGGGCGGCAGGGGAUGACUCUAAGACAAAUGUUGGCGCUUCAUCACCAGCAAAACCCAUAGAAUGCGAGCUAUCUUUUGAGCCUUUUCAAAAAAGGAAUGAACUGGAACAUAUCAAAGGCAUCGAGAUGGACAAAGCGGAUGAAGAGGUACAGGUGCUAUAUUCGUCGUCAACUAGUAGUAGUACAGGGCGAAAAUGGCUAGGGGCACAUGGAUGCGUACAAGCUGGUUGUAAUGUCGACAGCUGCAGAUCAAGUGAAUCAUCAAGAUCAAGGUCAAUAGAAGACACGUUAUUUUCUGCAUUUGAUGAAGGCAAUAGCAAUACAAGAAUAUUAAGAACAGAUGAAUCUACAACAUCAACUACGACUUCAGAGACGACACAUGCGGUUGUAGAACUACAUCUUCCGAUAACAGCAGGUGCUUGUGGUGUUACCAUGUUAUCAGACCGAGCAGAGCGAAAAAAAGAACGUAGCUGGUCUGCAUCGCCAGAAAACUUUCCCACGCAGCACCCUGAAAAUCUCGUAGGACAUUUUCUCACCAAUGCCUCUCUAAAGGGACUGAUGAAGGAAUUGGCCUGGAGAAAGACAAAGAAAGCACCAAGUAGACUGAGGUACCCGACUUCCGAUGCGCUGCGACAACUAUUACGAAAGCACGAUUUGCCAUUACGUGCUAUGCCUUUGGUGCUUCUUCUACUGUUACCCCCAAGUGGGCUUCUGCAAAUGAUGCGGCAGUCGGGAAAUGAUUCAGGCCCGGCCCGCUUUGCUUGUCUCAAUCCCACAGCUGGUUGUUGUACGACCAGCCCCUGGCUAGCAGUUGUUGCAGCUGAUUUCGUAGCGUCUACGGUGAAACAUCUUUUGCGAAUGUCCGAACCUGGAGAGGGGCUUGACUCUAGUAUACCUCAAUCUCGCAAAAAGAACACUGCUAACUUUUCUAGUACGCGCAAGACUUCUAGACCGACAGCAACAAAGUAUGACCGAUUGCUGCAGUAUUUGGCUCCGUUAUUCUGGGGAGCUGAGUGUGGUGGGGAGACAGAAACUUCUGCAGAAGUACUACCUUCUUCUUCGUCUUCACGACAGAGAGAUAGGACUGCAACAGGGAUGAACGUCACAGUACCACAAGCACAAGCAGAGGAGUCUUCAGGAGGAGGCACUUCUAAACGAAGUGGCGAUAUAGGUGCAAGUCCCGGUAUUGAGUCUGCCACGUCCUCCUCACCAGGGCAAUUGAGUCCAUCACCAUUAGAAAUCUCACCCACAGCCUCAAAAGUGCUGAACUUUGCGUGUAUUUUGCGAGUAACCUCGUGUCUGCUCGAAUACGGGUUGGCAUGCUGGCCUCAGACAGAAGAUGUACUUGUGGGGACAACAGGAGAGAACCUAAAAGGUGCAAAUAGUGGAGGCCGCAGCCCGAGCUCAGCGAGUCAAACUAGAAGUGGAGAGGCGAGAACUCAAGCCCUGUUUUCCUCCAUACAGUCUAGUGCGAGUUUCAUUCUCGCGCAAGUUUUUGCCAUAGUAAGACGGGAACCAUUGAUAUUGUGUCGUGCGUUGAGCUACCACAUCGGCGGACAGUUUGGGAGUUUGGAUUCAGUUCGUUCCGUGCUAGUUCCGGAUUUGGGUGUGCUUUUACCUUCGAACUCAAUGAAUUUCCAGCGGAUUUGGCGACCACUAGACGAAGCAGGCCUUGAACGACUCAUAGUAAGGCAAGAUUCGGCAGUUGUAGUUGUAGAGAAGGGGAAGAACUCUACAACCAUUGUUGAACAAGAACAUCCAGAGCACGUGAGUGCAGCGCGAGAGCUCUUCGCUAGGUUGCUAUCGGAAAGCUUGAAGAUAGCUGCAUCUGCAUCCCAAGAAUACUAUAAUAAUGAUCACAGCAUGUUAGCGAUCUUUUCUCGAGGUGCCGUCAGCCUCGGGCAGUCUAUGCGUGGUGAAUUCGUCAUGGGGCGCGUAAAGUGCAUUCUUCGUGUAGUUCUGCGCACUUUGAUAGAGCACGAGGAAAAAUUCUUAAAUGAAAAACUUGAGGUCAGUACUAACGCAGUUGUGGUUCCACCUCAACUCUCCAUUCCUUCUCACGCGGCUGAUAUAAGUGCGGAAGCGUAUAGGCGGUUGGUCUGUGCUUUGGAUAAUCCUAGUGCUGAUGAAGUGAAGGCCGCAGUGCAGCUCGCUAGCACGCGGCCAUCGUCCCCGAAAAGAACCGGAGACGAUAGCAGCCCGAUGGCCGGUUUGAGUGCGCCUGCAGUGUCUGUUCCGGCUUUGCCUCAGACCUUCGCAGCUGGUUCGUCUGGUCCUUCCUCUACUGGUGCACCCGCAACAACAACGACUGCCUCGUCUGGUGGCAACGUGUAUAUGAGGCUCGGCAAGUUGUUGCAAGAGGUUCCUGCGUUGUUAUCGCAGUUGUCGUUUGUCCCGCCAGAAAUUCUAGUAGCUCACUGGGCUCUCCGAGGUUUCCUCUACGAACGACAGGGCGAAGUCGAUAUCAGCAAUAUCGACUACCAACAAGCAUAUCAAAUCUUGGAAGACUUGUAUGGUGAUGCCAGAGUCAAGCGAACGAAAACCGCUACUACGAGUACUACUAUGGCAGGAGGUGUGGUUGAAACAGCCCAAGAACAUCGUGAGGCCAAAGCAGGAGGAGACGUGAGAACAGGCAGGAGUAGCAUGAGUUCGAGUCCGGAACGAGGAGUUCAACUAGAAAUUCGAGAGUCUUCUUCACCUUCACUAUCAAAUAGAAACUCUCUCCACCCAGGGGGGCGUUCGUCUGGAGGGUUCGGACAUCCUUUUGGCGUGUUUUUAGCUUGGCGAUUGCAACAAAUAGCACACCUGAAAGGUGACGUCAAAGGGAUUGAUAAGUUUGGGGAUGUUUACCGCGCUCUACGUCGACAUUGGCCAUCGACCGGAUUUGGCUGUGGGCCACCCUUUGCAGCCGCACAAAGUCAGCCUCCACGUAGCUCUCUAGAACCGCCUGAAAUAGCGCGGCUACUCUUCGUCAGCGAUGCACAUUGGAUAGAACAUAGACCUGCUAUUCCAGAACCUUGUCCACCAAGUACAGCACAAACUAGAACAGCACAAACAGACUCAGAUCAUUCGCAACUGCAACAACUGCGUAGUCGUCUGUUCAGUGUUUGGUUGCAUGAGCAAGAGAGUCUCAUCAAAGGCGAUUCCAGUCAGUUGCGCUUCACGAAAAACGUGGCACCUCAGAUGCGCAAUAGGUUCGGCAGUAGCCCUUCAGACGCGGACCAUUACGCUACAGGUGGACAGGAGAUUCGACGUGGAAGUGUACUAGUUUUCGGCUCGAAUGUUAUGACGGCUGGAUCUUUCUAUUUUUGAUGACUAAUCAAACUACAAUAACAUCUAUCACUGCAGGGAAGAUACAAGAGACUGUAUAAAAUCCAAAUCGACACAACGAAGUCAGUUGUACACCUACUUUGCUUUCUAAGAUCCCGCACGGGCAGUUAGGUCUAGGACACUUUCGACGUACUAGUAGCGCUGCUGGACACAAUGUUGGGGAGGACGUAGAGUGGACGAGCCGUCCGAUUCGACUUAUGGCCUUGAUGGAAGAACGCAUAGUCGACGUCUCAACCGGGUUGGGCUCGCAUACUAUAGUGAGAACAGCUGAGAAAAACGAACUCUGGGGAUGGGGGCAUCGGACGAUGCCGGAUGAUCAGAGUCGAGGAAAAAAGGACGAGGAGAAGCACGACCCAAUGAAAGGAGCGUCAUCUUCUAGUACGAAUUCUUCUACCUCCACCAUGCAAAUGAAUCCCAUCGCAACGCGACUGCGUAAAUUUUCAGUAGAAGGAUCUUCAUCAACUAGGCCGCUUCCGUCGACAGCGUCAUCCACUGGAGGAGCAAGAAGAUUUCAACACGAAUCUACUUGUAAAACCGGUGACUACACACUUGACGAGGUUUUCGACCCCGGCAAGUGUUCAUUUUGUUCAAGCACAACAAGUAGUGGAGACGAGGAGGACGAUGAUGAUGAUGAUGAUGAUGCUGUCACUGCUGCACCUGCUCAGAAAGCAGAAUCUCAAGGGUCGUCUCGACAACACCUCAAUGUCCGUCCCAUCCGCCUGCCAUGGGAUCCUAGAAUGCCAGUGGACAAGAUAGCUUGCGGUGUCCAUUUUACUGUGGUGCUAUCCUCUGGGUCUGUAUUCGUUCAGGGCUUAUUCGAUGAGGACGGCAAUUGGAGCGGCGCAGAUGGUAUUUUCGGCACGUCUGAUACUAGGUCGGCGAUAGCAGAUCGUAGGAGUAGGUUUAGGAGAGUAAUAGAGUUUGGAAUGGCUUCUUCUACGGUCAAAGAGGUUUCAGAUAUGGGUAAUGCAGAUGAAGGACAAAAACCGGGAGAGGAAGAUCUAAAGAAUCUUUGGUCCAAAGAUUCCAAGAAUAUCAAUAUUCGUAUAGCAGAUGUGGCCUGCGGCAGCUUCCACGUCUGUGCUCUGGACACUUUAGGCCGCGCUUUUUCUUGGGGCCGUGGUGAAGGAGGCCAAUUAGGUAUUGAAUUGGCCAGGUUAGAGCCUGCAUUUGAAGCAGCCGGUGACACAUUGGUUCAGAGCCCGCUUCUGGUCGACACUUUUGGUACUACGAAUAAUGCUCCUGCUCUACAGGAGCAGGGUGGAAAAAGUCCCAGUACGUGGUCGCAGACAUCAAGUGCGAUGCUGCCUCCUGGAGAAGGAAACGCUAAUACAACUAGUGCGUCGGGACAAGCAAGCCCACCCGCUUUCUUAGUCCAAGUGUCUUGUGGGGAAGUGCAUACUUGUGCAUUAGACAGCAAGGGAGUAGUUUGGUCCUGGGGUUGGGGCGAGUUUGGGCAGCUAGGACUUGGAUCGGCAGGUCGUGAGAGCAGACAAUGGACGCCACAGGCGGUUGCGACAAAACACUUCGACGGGAAAAGGAUAUUAUGCAUGGACGAUGUUGUGUUAACGUAUCUACUCCCCGUUUAGUGUUCACCUUAAAGGCGCUGCAAAGGUCCUUUAGUGUGUUCACAUUAAAGGCCUCUCGGGGGUCCUUUAGUGUUGACGUUAAAGGCGCUGCAAAGGUCCUCUAGUGUUCACAUUAACGGCGGCGGCCCCUUAGUGUUCACGUUAAAGGCAGGGCGUGUGGCGCGAUUUUUAAACUAUUCUAUAUCGAGGAUACUGCACCAUCGGGAUUGUGCGCUGUAUUAGACCAUCAUCCGCAAGCAGAACAACUACAUUACCACUUUUUAUGUGCGUUGUCAUACUCAUUCCUGGCUCCGUUCUUUUCCGCCCUCUCCAUCCACAAGAAGGAGUCACGUCUCUAUCCAAAAGAAGGAACUCCUGUCUAAUCAUCCGUCAGAUAAGUUGUGGUGGAGCAUUCUCAAUUGCGAUUACUGAUGUGGAGACUGAGGAAAGCUAUAGCGAAACGCAGUCGAGCCCACAACUUAAAUUAAGGCUGGAGCUAAUCAUACAUCUUUGGACGCAUGAUCCUUGAAGCGCAUGGGGGAGUAUCUAUCACAAGGGAGCGCUCCCUUAUACUUUUCAAGGAUGCAAAUGAAAGAUGAACUACGGACAGAUCUAAUUAAAGCUGGAGGCACAAUUUUUGGCUCAGCCUAUGCAGGAGGAGGCAAAGUCUACGCAUGGGGAACGAAUGACCAAGGUCCAAUGUAAAUUAGAAUUACGUGAUCUACUCAGAGUUAGAAAUUUUAGAUUUAGCUCCCUUUUUACCUCUUCUACUAAGUUAGACUUUGUUGGGUUUUGGAUUUAUUCUCGGGGGGUAACAUUAUACUCAUACAACGAGCCCAACAAAGAUUCCCCCACUACAUUCGACUAGAUGUGGUUACGUGGCGAAGUGCUUGCUUGCCUGGUUUUCAAAAAAUCCUUUGUAGGACGAGAAACCAAAAUCAUCAAAGAAUGGCAGCCUCGUCGUCUCUUAGCAGGCUGCUUCGAUUAGCCACCUACAAUGUUAUGAUAUAUCUCAUUAUUCUCGGGGGGUAAGCUAGAGAUAGUAAAAACCCUCCUCCUGUCUUAUCUCAAUCUCGAUCAUCUGUUCCCUUCCCAUUCAGGUCAAUGCGGCAUGCCUCCCGUUGCCGGACGUACAAUGGAGAUUCUUGCACCACGACAAGUUCUAGCCUUGGCUCACACGCGUAUAGUCCAAGUGUCAUGCGGCUUGCAGCACGUGCUUGCGGUGGAUAGCCAGGGUCGCGUCUUCUCCUGGGGCAGUGGAGGUCACGGACAACUGGGAACGCGGAGCUUACCAAGGUUAAGGAUCGAGUGUGAAAGGUUAGAGGAGGUAAAUGGAGUGGUGAACAAGAAUACUCGUCUCCUGUUAAUUCAGAUUUCCUUUUUUCCUCUCUAAACCACGUCCGCCAACCACCUCCAGCGACGUCAGCUGCUUCCUCCAUAACAGAUACGCCGCAGAUGUUACAGUGCGUAGGACGCGUUCGGAUCACGAAGGUCGCGGCAGGGCGCGAGCAUUCGGCUUUGGUUACUUGAUGGAAUUAUUAAAGAAAACUUUCCUGUGCUAGGAUUCAUCAUGGGAUACUAGAUUAUAGUUUUACCAUGAAAAUAGUCAACUAUCGAAAAAAAUCACCACGAUGCCGGAGUCUAACAAGCGUGACUCUAAGAACUCUUUCUAUGCGUAUGCUAUUGUUGAAAUCGGAUGUAAUGGUUGUGAAACAAGGCUUGUCAGAAAUACGGUUUGAUUUACAGAGCAAGCAAUUCGUCAGCCGCGGAUCAGCGAGGAAACCUCAUCAAGAUUAAGUGGUCCGAAAGAGCCACUUCAUCUGACUGAU